GAAGCCCUCGCUAGUCGGUGACUCGCAUCCGCUGAAUACAUUGAAAUUCGAACGCUUUUUGACAACCGACCUUGGGGUUCCUAGAGCUCUUUAAAAAGCUUUUAUUUUACCGCUCAGACAUUAUAACAAACGUUUGGCCUACAUAGCGAGAAGAAGUAGAACCCAAGAACCGCGAAGACUGAGAGAGAGAGAGAGAUGAAGUACGUGUUGGUGACUGGAGGAGUGGUAAGUGGGCUGGGCAAGGGCGUGACGGCGAGCAGUAUUGGCGUCGUCCUCAAAGCCUGUGGCCUUCGCGUCACCUCCAUUAAAAUAGAUCCUUACCUUAAUACGGAUGCUGGUACCAUGUCUCCCUUUGAACAUGGGGAAGUGUUUGUGCUUGAUGAUGGGGGAGAGGUUGAUCUGGACCUGGGUAACUAUGAGCGAUUCUUGGAUGUGACGCUUACUAGAGAGAACAACAUUACUACAGGAAAGAUAUAUCAGUCUGUCCUCGACAAGGAGCGCAGAGGUGAUUAUCUUGGAAAGACUGUUCAGGUGGUCCCACACAUCACAGAUGCAAUUAAGAAUUGGAUUGAAAUGGUAUCUGCCAUUCCUGUUGAUGGGAAAGAGGGCCCAGCAGAUGUUUGCGUGAUAGAAUUGGGUGGGACUGUUGGUGACAUUGAAUCAAUGCCAUUCAUUGAGGCUUUACGACAAUUAUCCUUCUCAGUUGGAAAAGAUAAUUUCUGCCUCAUUCAUGUGAGCCUUAUACCUGUACUGGGUGUUGUUGGAGAGCAAAAAACAAAGCCUACACAACAUAGUGUGCGGGAAUUGAGAGCAUUGGGCUUGACUCCUCAUUUGUUAGCUUGUCGUUCUGCUCAGCCUUUAUUGGAAAAUACAAAGCAGAAGCUUUCACAGUUUUGCCAUGUUCCAGUUGGUAAUAUUCUUAAUAUCCACGACGUCCCUAACAUUUGGCAUGUUCCACUUUUACUUCGGAACCAAAAUGCUCAUGAUGCCAUCUUAACACAGCUAGACUUACUCAGUGUCGCUACGCCUCCUGAUUUACGAGAGUGGACCAAGAGGGCAGAAACUUUUGACAAUCUCACCAAUCCUGUGAGGAUCGCAAUGGUUGGGAAGUAUGUUGGCUUUGCAGAUUCCUAUUUGUCUGUUGUGAAGGCUCUUCUGCAUGCUUGUAUUGCGUGUUCAUUGAAGCCAUUAGUUGACUGGAUUGCAGCUUCAGAUCUUGAAGAUGAAACUGCAAAAUUGACACCAGAAGCUCAUGCUACUGCAUGGAAGACAUUGAAGAAUGCAGCAUGUGUCUUAGUUCCUGGUGGAUUUGGAGAUCGUGGUGUGAAAGGAAUGAUGUUAGCUGCAAAGUAUGCCAGAGAAAAUAAAGUUCCAUAUCUUGGGAUUUGCUUGGGCAUGCAGAUUUCUGUAAUUGAGUAUGCUAGAUCUGUUUUGGGUUGGGAAAAGGCAAACAGUACAGAAUUUGACAACGAGACACCCAAUCCUGUUGUAAUUUUCAUGCCGGAGGGUUCAAGAACACAUAUGGGAAGCACAAUGAGACUGGGGUGUCGCAAAACGCUGUUUCAGACUCCUGAUUGUAUCACUGCAAAACUGUACCAUAAUUCAGAGUAUGUGGAUGAACGACAUCGGCAUAGAUAUGAGGUGAAUCCAGAUAUGAUUGACAUGUUAGAAGAAGCUGGCUUAAAAUUUGUAGGGAAGGAUGAAAGUGGAAAGCGAAUGGAGAUCUUAGAACUUCCCGGUCAUCCAUUCUACGUGGGAGUGCAGUUCCAUCCAGAAUUUAAGUCACGGCCCGGGAGGCCUUCAGCUCCGUUUCUUGGACUCAUACUGGCAGCAACAGGGCAGGUAGAAGUGUAUCUUAGCAAUCAUCAGAAUGGAAGUCUAUAAGAAACUUGUCCAAGUCUCAAUACAUCGGCAUUACUUAUACAAGGAAAACAGAUAUAUGCUUUAUAGAGUGGAUUGACGCACAUUGAGAUUAAAAGGGUGGACCCUCAGUGAGGUAAAAUAUAGAUCUAAGCUGGAGAAAAUGUGCUCCUUGCUGGAUUUGAAAGUAUUGCAACUAGUUGGCUCAAAGCCUAAUGUGAUUCUAUUUUAUGUUUAUGUUCGGGUAGUUGCUAUUUCUCCUCUCGCUUUGGUAGUGUAUUUUUGUGGGAGAUGGACGUCUCGGGUCUUCUAUUGCAUCCGACAAAUAUUGACUCAAAAAGUUUUUAUUGGCGAGUUUAGCUCUAACUUGAAA